AUGAGGAACUUGUCUGAAAGUUUUGGCGGUGAAAUUGAACAUUUAGCCUUCAUGUCCGACAUGGAGAAGGGGCUUGGCAAAGCUAUAAAAUUUAUUUUUCUAAAUGUUGAGCAUAGAGUGUGUAUGAGACACUUGUGGAAGAAUACUAAAAAAAUGUUUCAUUGUGAAGAUGGCAUCGGGCUUCAAAAUUUGGUUUGGACGGCAUCAAACACUUAUAUCCUAAAUGUUUGGCAUAUGAAACUUGAGGAGAUCUUCAAAAUAAGUCCACAAGUAUAUGCGUACUUGAAUUCUUUGUCACGUAAGUGGUCUAAGGCAACAUUUUCAGAGCACAUUAAAAAUCAUUCCAAUACAAACAACAUGUCAGAAUCGUUUAAUGCUUGGGUUGAAGAAGCUAGAAAUAAGCCAGUCGUUGAUUUGGUAGACAUGAUUAGGGCCAAGAUUAUGGAACAACGAUCUCAAAGAAAUGUAAUUUCCUCCUCUUGGAGAGGUCAACUAGUUCCUCAUGUGGAAGAGUACAUCAGGGACAUCACAACGAGGAAAGAGCAUUUUAUAAUUCAUCAGUCAACGUUGACUAGAGCUGAAGUUGAGGGUCUUCAUGAAAGGCAUGCGGUCGACCUAGAAAAGAAGGAUUGUACAUGUGAACUUUGGCAAUUAAGUGGUCUACCUUGUCUACACAGUGCUGUAUACAUUGGUACUACACAACAUUCUUUAUGGUACAAAUUGGCAUAUGAGGGCGCAAUAUCGACCAUACCUGGUAAGGAGAUGUGGGUUGCAAUUAGUGAUGGGGAGGUUGUUACAACGCCACUUUCACUAAGACCACGUGGUAGACCCAAAAAAAGGCGAAUAAAGAAUUUCUUAGAAACAGGGAAGAAAAUGAAACUUGGACACAGGUGUAGUCGUUGUAAUUUAAGCGGCCAUCAUAGAAGUACCUGUAAAAAUCCAUUAAAUGGGGAAGGUGACGAGAUUGGAUAUACGUCGUCCACAAUAUAG